CACGUUAUCACAUAUUGGCGACGAGGAUAUCUGGAAGAAAAUGACAAGCGUUUGACGGAGGAUGACGGUGGAUUGAGGUCGAGUGGCGAAAGACGAAAAAGUGCUAACAAAAGGGUGGACACAGGACCGGAGCACGUGAAACGAAGAUGAAUGUGACGGUAGGGAAUCUGUCAGCAUUUGACUCGAAGGAGCAGACUUGGGAAGAGUACUGCGAGAUUCUGGAUCAGUUUUUCGAAGCUAAUGGCAUUGAUGAUGGAGAUAAGCAAAGAGCUGUCCUCAUUAGCGUUGUGGGACCAGCCACAUACAAGCUCAUACGGAACUUGGUGAGUCCAGAUAAGCCCAGCACUAAAACGUAUGACCAAAUAGUAACCAUAAUGAAAGACCACUUCGAUCCCAAGCCAAGCGAGAUUGUACAGCGAUACAAAUUUGACUCUCGUGUCCGUCAGCCUAGUGAAACUGUGAGUGCAUAUGUAGCCGAGCUGAGACGACUAGCUCAUGAUUGUAACUUUGGCACUACACUGCAGCAAAUGUUACGAGAUCGCCUCGUUUGCGGCAUCAAUGAUGAUCGGAUUCAAAGGCGUUUAUUGUCCGAACCAGAUUUAACGUUCGAGAAGGCAUUCGAAAUGGCCGUAGCCUCCGAGACUGCCAGUAAGAAUGUGCAAGACCUUCACGCCAAAGCACCGUUGGCUUGCAACAGCGUAAAAACGGAGGGAAAGGAGAGAAAGGGUGAUUGGAAAAAGAAAGAGUGCUACAGAUGCCACGGAAAGCAACACAGUGCUGCCGAGUGUAAAUUUAAAGAAGCAAAGUGUCACGCUUGUGGAAAAGUAGGGCACAUCGCCAAAGCUUGUCGAAAUAAAAAUAAAGGGAGCUCGCGCACAGAUGAAAAGAAACCAAUCAGAGAAGAGCGGCGCGCACGCCCACAGAAAGCACACAAGGUGCGUGAGAGGGAAAAGGAUGAUAGUUCAUCAGAGCAGGAAGAAACAUACUUGUUAGCUUGCAUUAAAACAGAAACCUCAAUCAGGAGAAGACACAAGGGCUACAGCAAGUACUUUCAAAGCAUGAAGAUGUUUUUAAAGAAGAGCUAG